ACCGCUUUUGGACUGUCAAAACCCUCUUUCCUUCGCUAAACCCAAACCCUUGGCGGCUGUGUGAGAAGAGUUUAUCCUUUUCCAGUUACUUGUCUUUUAGGUUUCUAAAACUCCUUUUUUCCCCCAAUUUUUUUUUUUUUAGGGUUUUAUAAGGUUACAAAGCAUCAAGAUCCGUUCAUUGUUGUCGUUGUAGUUUUGUUGUUGUGUUAUUCAUGGCUACUACAGUUGCUUCUCCUGUAGAUCAAGCUUCAGAUUUGCUUCAGAAGUUGUCGUUAGAUUCACAGGCCAAGACUCUUGAAAUUCCUGAACCCACCAACAAGCCUCCAGCCAAUCAACCUGGGUCUGUUGACUCGGGCAAUGUUGCAUUGGGUCAGAUCCCAACAGAGCGGUCUGGAACCCCUUUUCUGAAUGAUUUUGUGGAUCCCAAUGCGUACUUUGUCCCUAAUGGUUAUCCUUCUACUUUCUAUUAUGGAGGGUAUGAGGGGAAUGUGACCGAGUGGGAGGACUGCAGAUAUGUUGGUCAAGAUGGAGUUGAGGUGGCAUCUGGAUUGUAUGGGGAUAAUGGGUCACUUAUGUAUCACCAUGGUUAUGGAUAUGCACCAUAUGGGCCAUAUUCACCAGCAACUUCACCUGUUCCAACCAUAGGAACUGAUGGUCAGCUAUAUGGACCUCAGCACUACCAGUAUCCACAUUACUUCCACCCACUUACUCCAACCAGUGGUCCAUACUCCCCUAAUCCUGUUGCUCCACCUCCAUCAGAUGCCACCACCUCUGCAGCUCCGGACCAGAAGCCUUUGCCUGUAGAAGCAGCUAAUGGGAAAACGGGUACUGUUGCAAAUGGAGGAGGGAAGGGGAGUAAUGGUGCUGCUCCAUUCAAACCAUCGUAUCAAACCUCUUCAUUUAAUUCUAAUAAUACAUAUGGAAGGGGUUCAUUGCCUGGCUGUAUUCCUACAUCUGGCUAUCAAGAUCCAAGGUUUAGCUUUGAUGGGAUACGGUCUCCUAACCGAUGGUUGGAUGGCUCAAUGAUUUCAGAUUCACAGCAUAGGCCAGUUAAUAAUGCAAACAAUACUACAAUUUCAAAUGGCAACAACAUAACUUCUUCAAGAAAUCAAAAUUACCGUCCAAAUUCUCAUUACAUGGGUUUGCACCAACCACGACCAAUGGGUACUGCACAGGGUUUUAUGAAUGUUAAUAGGAUGUAUCCAAACAAGUUAUAUGGUCAGUAUGGUAACACUUUUAGAUCUGGUAUGGGCUUUGGCUCUGACGGCUAUGAUUUACGAACAAGUGGACGUGGUGGAUGGUUGGCUGUUGAUGGAAAGUAUAAAACCCGGGGACGUGGCUAUUUUAGUUAUGGUAAUGAGAACAUGGAUGGUAUGAAUGAGCUUAACAGAGGACCAAGAGCCAAGGGUUCUAAGAACCAAAAGGGCUCAACACCUGUUGCAUUAGCACUUAAAGAGCAAAAUGUGCAGUCAAAUGGGACUACUGAUGAAGAGAAGGCAACUACUGCGAUUCCAGGCAGAGAACAAUACAAUAAAGCUGAUUUCCCAGAGGAUUAUAGUGAUGCUAAAUUUUUUGUUAUUAAGUCAUACAGUGAGGAUGAUGUCCACAAGAGCAUCAAGUAUAAUGUCUGGGCUAGCACCCCAAAUGGAAACAAGAAACUUGAUACUGCAUACCAGGAAGCUCAGCAAAAGUCUGGUAGCUGCCCUGUAUUUCUUUUCUUCUCGGUCAACACAAGUGGGCAAUUUAUUGGCCUUGCUGAGAUGGCAGGCCCUGUUGAUUUUAACAAGAAUGUGGAGUAUUGGCAACAAGAUAAAUGGACUGGCUGUUUCCCAGUGACAUGGCAUCUAGUGAAGGAUGUACCCAAUAGUUUGUUGAAGCACAUUACUCUUGAGAACAAUGAGAACAAGCCUGUCACUAACAGCAGGGACACCCAAGAGGUCAAGUUAGAGCAGGGAGUCAAAAUGAUCAAAAUAUUCAAGGAUCAUUCUAGUAAAGCUUGUAUUCUGGAUGACUUUGGGUUUUAUGAAGCUCGGCAGAAGUCCAUUCUGGAAAAGAAGGCGAAACAACAGCAAUUUCAAAAGCAGGUGUGGGAAGGAAAGCCCACUGAGGAAAAGAAGGAAUCUUGGAAUGGUGAUACAAAGUUGCAGAAAUCAUUUGGUGUUGCCACAGACUUGAGCAAAGAACCUACUUCCACAGCUCAGGCAAACGGGAAUGUGAAGAUUUCAGAGAAUGGAUCAGUUGUGAAAACUGGAGAUGCCCAUAAGGGUGGCAAACCAGUUGUAACAGAGAAGGUGAUUUUGACAAAUGGAGUUGCAAAUGGUUGCUAGUCCCAGCUGGUGCUGGAAGGCGGUCUUGUUAACUGGAGCCUUUACUGGAGGAGUUCUGACAAAUUUUUGAGCAUAGUACAGAAUCCAACUUCUCAACAGUUUUCUGUAUAACACGGGGCCGCUAUAUUUGAUCUUGCUGCUUAAAAGAGUCAAUAUUUCAUUGAGGGGUGGAAUUUCACUUUGGAAUUUUUAUAGAAUGGUGUGGCAGGGCUAGGCUCGGCAGAAUCCAAGUAGUAUGCCCCAUCUUUUAAUGGUGGGCUGAUUUUUAUAUUUUUAAUUUUCUUUUUCCUUUUCUAAGUAGUGGGUUAUCUUCUAACAAGUUUUCAUCUAGGGUUUUGGGUUUAGUAAUUCUAUUUUAGUGGUUUGUUUAUGUUUCCAUUUUGUAUUUCUCUUAGUAUUUCUCCUGCCUUACGUGUUUGGUAAUUUUCGAUCUUGUAAGUCUAGAUGUGGUGCAGCUUGCCUUUUUUGUGGUUUUUGUGAGAGAGAGAGAGAGGCAAGGUGGAAAAAUACUGCAAUGUAAAACAGAGCUUUUUCAAGUAAUCAAAGAAAUAGAGUAACAUUUUACCA